UUGAUUUUCAGUGCCAUAAAAACGUCAUGGUGGUGGGUUGUGUUUCAUCUCGUUGUAAAUAAAAUACCGGCAAUAUUUAUAUAUUUUUUAAUUAAAAUAAUUUGAAUGGACGUAAUUAUGAUUAAUUACAGUAUUUGCGCCAUAUUUUUUUUGUUAAUUUCGAGUGGCAUUAGCGAAAGAAAUGACGACAUUCUAGUCUUCACCGUCGCCAGCGAGCCCACCGACGGCUUCCAGCGCUAUCUCUCCUCCGCUCAUAACUAUCACAUCACCCCCACAGUCCUGGGUUUGGGUCAGGAAUGGAAAGGGGGUGCCGACAUUAAAAACCGUCCCGGAGGCGGCUGGAAAAUCAACCUCCUCAAAACUGCCAUCGAAUCACAUAAAACCGAUCCUACAAAAAUCAUCCUUUUCACAGACGGCUACGAUGUCAUUUUCACCGAUACCCUGGAUGCCAUUUUCAACAAAUUUAAGCAAACGAAAGCUAGGGUUUUAUUCGGGGCUGAAAGUUCCUGCUGGCCUGAUGUCGAACUGGCCCCAAAGUACCCCCAAGUCACUGAAGGAAAACGAUUUCUAAAUUCGGGACUGUACAUGGGAUACGCCCCUGACUUGUGGCAAGUGCUCACAUUUGACGUGAUUGAAGACACGGACGAUGAUCAAUUGUUUUUCACCAAAGCGUUCCUCAAUGAAGAUUUAAGAAAAAAAGUUGGGUUCAAACUGGAUCACAAAAGUGAGAUUUUCCAAAACAUGAAUGGGGCUGUUAGUGAAGUUGAGUUGUUUGAGGUUAAAGGGAAGGAAGGUCCCGAGGAAUAUAAAAUCAAAAAUGUUUUGUAUCACACUGAACCUUUGAUUUUACACGGAAAUGGUCCUUCGAAAUUAUCCCUAAAUUAUUUAGGGAAUUAUUUGGCGAAUUCGUGGAAUUCGGUCGAAGGGUGUGUUCGGUGUAAAGAGGGUCAGUUUGACCUAAAAAAUAAAAGGGCAAACGAAAUGCCUCUUGUCUUCCUUGCAAUUUUUGUUGAAUUUAAUACUCCCUUCCUGGAGGAACAAUUGAAUAAGGUUUACUCGCUGGAGUACCCCAAAAAACGCAUCGAUCUCUUUAUCCACAAUGCGAUGAAAUAUCACUCAAAACACAUAGCUGACUUUAUUGAAAAAUACGGUUCUGAGUACCGCUCAGUCAAAGAAAUCAAGCCGGAUGAUGGUACUACCGAAUGGGCUGCACGUGACUUAUCUUUGGACCAGUGUUUGGCCAAAAAUUGCGACGUCUACUUUUCCGUUGAUUCGGUCGCCCAUCUUGACAACCCCCACACUCUUCGUCUUUUAAUCGAGCAAAACCGAACUGUAGUAGCCCCUCUUUUGCCACGUCCAGGUAAAGCCUGGAGUAACUUUUGGGGGGCUUUGACCAAAGAAGGUUUCUAUGCCCGAUCAAACGACUACAUGGAUAUAGUCCACAACGAAAAGAGAGGGUUAUGGAACGUCCCAUUCAUAGGUAACUGCUAUGCCAUCAAUGCGACACUUUUGAGGAAGUUUGAUAGGUCGAAGUUGAACUUUGAUCGGGAUAAUUGGGACGCGGAUAUGGCCUUUUGUGCAAAUUUGCGCGACUUGGAUGUGUUCAUGUACGUCUCAAACCGAGUCGAUUUCGGGCACUUGGUCAAUCCGGAAACCUUCGAUAUCACUCGAGUCGAACCGGAGAUGUACCAGAUUUUUGACAAUGAACAGGAUUGGGAAGCCAGGUUCAUCCAUCCCGACUAUCCUGAAAACUUUAACCCCGAGAAGAAAAGUCUACAGCCUUGCCCAGACGUCUACUGGUUCCCCAUCGUGUCGCAACGCUUCUGUACCAGUUUGAUCAACAUGAUGGAAAAUUUCGGAAAAUGGUCAGAUGGUAGCAACAGCGACCCCCGACUUGAUGGGGGCUAUGAAGCUGUUCCUACCCGAGAUAUCCACAUGAAUCAAGUCGGCUGGGAAAAGCAUUGGUUGGAGUUUCUUCGCAAGUAUGUGAGGCCUCUACAAGAGCAUGUUUUCCUCGGCUAUUUCCAUGACCCACCACGAUCUUUAAUGAACUUCGUCGUCCGGUAUAAACCAGAUGAACAACCCUCGCUACGGCCACACCAUGACAGUUCGACAUACACCAUCAACAUAGCCUUGAAUAAAAGAGGGGUUGAUUAUGAAGGUGGAGGUUGUAGGUUUAUUAGAUACAAUUGUAGCGUUGUUGAUACCAAGCCCGGAUGGUUGUUAAUACACCCGGGGAGACUCACUCACUACCAUGAAGGGUUGAAGGUCACAAAAGGGAUAAGAUAUAUCAUGAUUGCGUUUGUUGACCCUUAGAUUUGUUCCUUGAUAAUAAUAACGUACUAAUUGUGUAGAUCUGAUUUUGUCGUCUUGUACAUAACUUUUGUAACGAUUUGUUUAAUAAAAAUAUUUUCACAUCAA